CCCAAUCAAGGAUGCAAAGUAAAAUGCCACACAGGCCGGCUAAAUAAUAUAUGUGAAGCCGCGAUGGGAUAUAAGACUGGCGACAUCAUUGUCCACAUGGAACCACAAGGAUUUAUGAAAAUUCUGAGGUGUUUUGCCCUACAACUGAGUAUUUGGAAAAAUAUCCUAUGUAUGACAAUGUUCUUCCAACUCAGAGUCUUAAACCCAAGCAAGAAAUUCGAGCAUGCCGUGUUAAAAUGGAAGGAAUAACUACAUUUAAGUCGGAUUAUCUUCCUUAUGAAAUAGUUAAACAGCCUCGCCAUGUGCCAGAAGAAUAUAAACCAAAACAAGGGAAGAUUGAUCUUGGUACUACCUACAAACGGGAUUUUAAUUCGUACAAAGUGCAGCCUGUGGCAAUAGUCCGGCCUUUGGAGAGACAACAAGUUAAAAAAGGAAAGUUGGACACUGUCCCAACUUAUAAAGACGAUUAUAGAGCUUGGGACCGUCAUAAAAGUGAACUUUAUAAGCCAGAACAAACUUAUCAACCCCCUACUGUGAAAUUUGGAAAUUCAACUACAUUUCAGGAUGACUUUGUUCCUCAGGAGAUAAAGCCUAGGCAAAGCAGGCAAAGCUUUAAACCCUCCUCUGUGGUCAAACGUUCUACAGCCCCUUUUAAUGGCAUUACAAGUCAUCGCCUUGAUUAUAUACCUCAUCAGCUUGAACUCAAGUUUGAAAGGCCAAAAGAAGUUUACAAACCAACUGAGCAACGCUUUGAGGAUCUCACAACUCACCGGUAUGACUUUCAGGGUCUUAUUGGUGAAACUGCAAAAAUCUGCAGACCUGUACACACCAGAGUGACCCAGAGUGCUCGGUUUGAAGGAAGCACUGAAUUCUGUGAAUGUUUUCAACCAUGGGAAAUCCCACCACCUGAGAUCAAGAAAGUACCAGAGUAUGUGCCUCCUACAGGUAGCAUGCUAUUAAACAGCACAAGCCAUCUUGACUAUGUUCCGUAUCAGGCCAACCGUGUUGUUCCCAUCAGGCCAGUUUCUCAUAGAAGAAGUAACAAUUUUCCUUUCCCAGGAAAAAGCACCAUGAAGGAAGAUUUUCCAGCAUGGGAAAAUUGUCGUCAAGGACUUAUUAAGAAGCAGGAGCAGAUUCCCAACCCAUCUGGAAAAUUUGAUGGUUUGAGCACUUUCAGAUCUCACUAUGUGCCACACAAAUUGAUUCCAACAGAGAGUUGCAAACCUUUAAAUAUUGCUUUUAAGAGUUCUGUUCCAUUUGAUGAUGUGACCAUUUACUCUGUAGAGUACACACCGAAAAAACAGGAAAUUUGCCCAGCGAGUUACCCCUCUCCUCCAGGUUAUAUUUUUGAAAAUAAAAAUUCCCAAGGUCAUAAAUUCUUCCGCAAGAUUACUCCUGCAGUGAAGGCCUUCUAA